CUCCAGCCUUGCGAUGACUACCACCCCAGGGCACUGUCUCCACCACCACCACCACCACCUCCUCUUCCUCCUGCUUCUCCUCCUCCUCCUCCACCCCUCUCUGGGCUGCCAACCUUCCUUUAGCCGCACUGAAUGUGAUUCGCUGCCUUUCGUUCCUGGACACAACCUGGUAGGCGAGGGUUUCGAUGUGGUGACCAUGAGGAGCACAGGGGCCUCGGUCAUCAACACCCAGACCUACAUGGUGGGCACCGGGGAGCACGGCAACUGUACCGUGUGUCGCAACCUGCUCGUGGGUCGCCGCCAGAAGCUGCCCGUCGCCGUGGCGAACUGGCGGGUCAGUGUGCGGUGCCACCGCGCCCUCUCAGCGCAGAUGCUCAUGACCGGUCAGGCAGUUCUGAAGGAGAACGCGCGGGCCCCCAGCGCCAGCUGGAAGAGCGGGCUCAACCUGCAGGGGCUGAAUGGGUUCGCCGCCAGGGGCACCCGGUCCAAGUCGUCCAGCUUCGCCAAGAGCCUCUCUGCCAGGGACCAGUACUCGUACAGUCGCCACGAUUUCACCUGUCGCUAUUACGCAUUUCGACUCCAAGCUCGUCCCCCUGUCACCAAGGCGUUCCAACAAGCCGUUCGCUCCCUACCUGUGAAAUAUAACUCCACCACCCUCCCUGCCUACUGGCAUUUCAUCUCCAUAUAUGGUACCCACUUCCUGAGGCAGGUGGAACUGGGGGGGCGUGUGCAGUCCACCACGGCCGUGCGCACAUGCCGGCUGGCCAUGAACGGGCUGUCCGUCAACGACGUCAGCAUCUGCCUCUCCGUGGAGGCCACGGCGACCAUCAGGGGCCACACGGCGAGCGCUGUGUCCAGCUUCUGCAAAACGAAAGGCAAGAAGCUAAAGCGUGGCCGAAGCUUCGCCGACAGCUUCUCCCAGCGCGUCACCGACGUCCUGGGUGGCAGUGGUCAGGGAGGCGACCUCUUGUUCGCGCCCGGGAACAAGUCCAGUUACGAGGCCUGGCUCCAGUCGCUCAGGACGCACCCUGGCGCGGUGGCGCACAGCCUGACCCCGCUGCACGUGCUGCUGGACAGGACGGACGCGGAGAAGCGCGAGAGCCUGCGCAGGGCGGUCAGCGAGUACGUCCGAGGCUACGCCGUGCCCGUGGCCUGCCAGUCCAGGUGCGCCGUGGGCCGGCGGACGGAGAGCUGCCAGUGUAAGUGCCGUGGGCACAGGGGCAUCGAUGCCAACUGCUGCCCGACGCAACCCUCGCUGGCCAGCUUGUCCGUGGUGGUGGAAAAGGCCACGGGACUCUGGGGAGACUACUUCUCAAAGACGGACGCCUAUGUCAAAGUGUUCUAUGGGAAACGCGGAGGCUCCACGACUGUGAUCUGGAACAACGAUUUCCCCCGGUGGAACCACAGGUUCACAUUCGGCACCAUUGAUCUUGGGAGGAAAGUGCCUCUGCGUUUUGAGUUGUGGAAUGACGACCUCCUGGGCAGAGCCUCUGUGGUUCCCACCAAGGGCCGGAGAGUGAGCCGGCGCUUCCCGGUGAAACGUGGCGCGCUCUACGUCUCCAUCUCGGCCAUCUGCGCCCCCAGUCUCACCGGACCCUUCUGCGGGAGGUACUCCCCAACCCCACCGGCUAAUGGGGGCCUGUGCUACCAACACGAACAGGCCAGCGGUGGACACGCUUGGGGUCAGACUCCCCAGAAACAUGCCUGAAGGAAUGCCUUGCUGUGAAGAAUACUCUUUUGUCCUCAUUUGGAUGAGAAGAAUAAUGUUUUGCUGUUACUGAUCCUAUUUGAAAGCUUCAUGUAAAUCCUUAGAACUACGUAUAGCCAUGAUUUAAAAACAAAUGUCUGUGGAAAUAUUCUUUCCCAAUUUUUACUUUCUGUCGGCCUGACAUCGGUAUUAAGAAAUGCUCUUCCUCUUAGCUCUAAGAAGAAUUGUUAGUGUUGCUUGAGUUUUUAUUUCAGCUUUAGAACUAGCGCUAUGAUGCAGAUCUGUUUGGAGUGAAGCCCCACCAUGCACAACAGCUUUUCAUCCUCACUGAGCGAGGAGAAGAGCGCUUUCCAGCGUUGUUGAUGGUGUUUGAACAGAGCUUACCGUUCGUGGCUCUAGAGUUCGAGUUAUGAUGACAUGCUACAGUGGUGUGAUAUAGUCGCCUCCUCUUUUUGGCCUCAGAUUUACCAACAUUCAAACUGUACAUUCAUUUGCUUUCAUUACCAUGAAUACAUUCAUUUCAUGUCACUAGUGUUUUCAAACUCCACAUUUUUGUACCCUGUGAAAAACGAUUCAACACA